AGCUAGAGGCUCUCGAGAAGCGGCAGACGGUCCCAGGAGGCGGGCGUGUUUUCGCUGCAGUGUCCUCUAGCUUCCGGUGGGCAGCCAGAGCACUGGGGAGUAGGCUGGCACCAUGUUCCUGACCGCUCUCCUACGCCGCAGUCGCAUUCCUGGAAGACAGUGGAUCGGGAAGCACCGGAGGCCGCGGACCGUGUCUUUCCAUGCGAAGCAGAACAUGAUCCGUCGCCUGGAGAUCGAGGCGGAGAACCAUUAUUGGCUAAGCAUGCCCUACCUCACGGCGGAGCAGGAGUACGGCCACGCUGCAAUCCGCAGGGCAGAGACCUUCGCGGCCAUCAAGGCAAGCAGCACUUCCAAGUUUCCCCCGCAUAGAUUUGUUGUAGACCAGCUCAACCAUCUCAAUGUCACCAAGAAAUGGUCCUGAGUCUCCGCUCUUCGGUUUUAUAGGUUACAGGGCCCUCUCUUCACCUGAUCCCGGAAGUGAAAACCACUAGAAAAAUGUGAGCUAUUGAACCAGCUUUUUUAAAAAAACAACAAACAAAACAUGAGCAUAGUGGUCUGCAUAUAAAUCACUGUGGCAUUGUAUUUCAUGCAUCUUCAGUCUGUUAGGGAAAUACCGGUGAUUCCCUGGGUCACAGAUGAUGUGAAACUUAUUUGGAUGAACGCUACAAUAAAUCUCCAAACUUUAUGGUUUCGGUUCUGUCCUUAAAGAUACACUUGAUGGGGGAUUGAAAAUGCAGUAUCAGUGUGUUUAUCGUCUGUCAGAAUUAAUCUCCUAAACUUAACGGAAUUGUGAGCUUUUUCUCAUUAGACAUACUCAUAAAAGUAGCAUUUUCUGCUGUGAUUUUGACUACUAGAAGUGAACAUUUAAAUGAAGUAAAAGAUAUUUUUCAGAACUGUUACAUGUAGGUGUAUUUUUAAAAACAGCUUUAUUGAGGUUUAAUUCACAUACCAUACAACUCACUAAUUUAAGCUGUUUUUUAAAAUAACUUUUUUCUGAAUGUAAUAAAAGUAGUUAAGCACUUUACAAGUGUUAGUUACCAAAUACAGCAGCUCUAUGAAGUUGGGGCUAUUUUGAUUUUAGCCUUGAGGAAACAAUUAAGGAGCUUGUCCAAAGUCAUUCUCCUGUUGCCGGGGUCUUCUGCCCAACCUGGGCAACCCCUAUGAGGUUCUUGCCUUCUACUGACCAAGAAUGACCAGGAGAGGCUCAAGUUUUCUGCACAAACAAAACUUUAUUGAGAAAAAGUAGCUCGCAAGCGGAGACAGAGGGACAAUACAGUGCUAGCCUUUGUCUCCCUGAAUAAAGGAUUGACUAGGGUUUAUAAAGUUUUUUAGGCGGGGAAAAGGCAUCAUCUUUAUUCAUGAAAGAGGCGGGGUUAUGAAGAUUAGGUGCGCGCAGAAGAGAUAAUUCAAGUGGAACCCGUAACAAAGGCUCUUGGGACUGGAUGGCAGGACUUAUUAUGGGGUGCUGCGCCUCUACAGUUCCCCUGUGGUGCCAGCUCGAUUCCCGUCGCGGGUCUGUCAGCCACUUUGUGGAUGUCUGCGCAUGCUCCAGGGACAAGAUCGGGCAGGUUCUUCUGAAAAACACUAAGGAAAUACAUUGAGAGCUGGGUGGGUUGUUCUUUCAUUAUUGCAUGUUCCAAGAUAAUGGGUUUUGUGUCAUUAGUUAAGCACAUGUUUUUAGUUCAGGGUCCUUUGCCCAGGAGCUCAGUCCCUCUUUCCCUUCCCUAUCUCACUCCCAGUAAGGAUUCGACUUGCAGUUUGGCCUGAUAUUAAUCAUUAUGUGUUUUUAAUAGAAAAUGUGGAAACUACAUAGAAUGAAAGUAGUAAAUGAUUCUGUUGCCUAGAAAUAAUGAGAUAAUCCUGAUUCAUGUAUUUUCUUUUAGUCUGUUUUUAUAUACAUAUACUUUCUGAAAACAUACUGAGAUUAUAUGGGUAAAUAGAAUUUCGUACGCUAUUAAAACCUGUUGCCGUCGAGUCAAUUCCAACUCAUAGCAACCUUA